AUGUCGUUGAAGGCUAUUUCCUCCAAGGAUGCCGCGUCCCUCGACAAGGACCUCAUGGAAAUCGGCGGAUGGUCACUGGAUCAAUUGAUGGAAUUGGCUGGUCUGUCCGUCUCACAAGCGGUCUACCGCAUGCAUCCGCCAACGUCCGGGAAGAAUAUCCUUGUUGUCUGCGGACCAGGAAAUAACGGCGGCGAUGGCCUCGUUGCAGCUCGCCAUCUCGCCCAGUACGGCUACACUCCAUCCAUCUACUAUCCCAAACAGGGAAAGAAUGAAUUAUACCAGCGUCUCAAAACGCAACUCACCAACCUCUCGGUCCCCUUCGUCGACGACCUCCCCGUGGCCAUCAAAUCCGCCGACUUCCUCGUCGACGCCAUCUUCGGGUUCUCGUUCGGCGGACCCCUCCGCGAGCCCUUCCCCACCGUGAUCUCGCAGAUCGAGUCGUCCACGAUCCCCGUGCUGAGCGUCGACGCGCCCAGCUCGUGGGACGUCGAGAGCGGGCCGCCAAAGCAGGGCCCCGGGUCGAAGUUCAUGCCCGAGGCGCUGAUCAGUCUGACGGCGCCGAAGCCGUGCGUGAAGUAUUACCACGGGCGACACUUUCUGGGCGGCAGGUUCUUGACCAAGAGUAUUACGGACAAGUAUGAUCUGGAUCUACCGGUGUAUCCGGGCAUUGACCAGAUCGUGGAGGUGGGGGUUAGUGGGGAGGGGAGGCUUUAA